UGGAAAGCGCGGGAAACCGCUCGUCGGCUCCCUCUUUUGCGCGCGCAAAGCCACUCCUCUUCGGAAGCGGCAGCGAGGCUGCAACUACUCCCCUCCCCACGCUCUCUUCUUAGAGGUAUUUCCCCCUCACUGUGUUUGCUGUUUCAAAAUAGGAUAAAGACUGAUUGCUUCUCUGCAAAAAAGCUAUCAUGAGUACCAAACAGACAAAGAGAAAAUGGGAAGAAAGGCUAAAGGAUAUUGAGGAGCUAGCAUCUUCGUAUAAACGACGGCCUCUCUGUCCACGUUACAAACCGCAGUUGUCCAAACCAUGGCAAGCAACCCCAGUUUGGAAGCUAUUUCAUCGGCAAACUCAAGCAUUUAACUUUGCCAAAACUUGUAAACAGGAUGUUCAUGUAUUUGCUUUGGAAAAGAAUACAGAAAACAAGCAAAGGAUUUAUCUUGUGACAACAUACACAGAGCUUUGGUUUUAUUAUAGAACAUAUAAUGAAACAAGCCUCAUGCAUUGUUAUGAAGUUAUUCCAGAAGAAGCUGUUUGCAAACUUUACUUUGAUUUGGAAUUCUACAUACCAGCUAAUCAAGAAGCUGAUGGGAAACAGAUGGUAGCAGACUUGAUAGAGUUCAUUUGUAAAAAAAUUGAUGAACACUGUGGAAUAAAAUGCUCAGUUGAAGAUGUUUUGAAUCUGGAUUCCAGCACCAAAGAAAAAUUUAGUUGCCACUUAAUAUUUUUGCUCCACAAUGCUGCAUUUAAGAAUAAUAUGCAUAUAGGUAACUUUUUAAGAAAAAUUUUGCAACCUGCUGUUCUUUUAACUAGGAAAAGAGACGCAAUGGUUCCAGAGAAACAGGUGGUCUCUCAUUCUCAGAGUUGCAAAGCUGCCACUGAUUUGCCCAGCUCUGUCGAAAACCAGACUGUCACCAAGGAUGUGUCUCAUAGUAGGCAACUGAGUGCAAUCAAUUCUUUGGGAAAUGGUGCAUCUCAAUGGAAAGAAAAUCUAGAUCUUUCUUUUCUAAUAGUGAAUGGUAAACACGGAGAAAAGCAGUUGUUCGUUGAUCUUGGAGUAUAUACAAAGAACAGAAACUUCCGAUUAUACAAGUCAUCAAAAGCAGGGAACUCUGUUGUUUUGGACAUUGCUGAAGAUAACAGAUUUGUUCCUGAACCAGUAAAGAAUUCUUGUAUAGAAGAGCAGUAUUUCCUUUCCUCUUUGAUCUGUAAUGUAAGAUUUUCAGACAGUUUAAAAAUUUUGUCCUGUGAGAACCCAAAGGAGACAAAAGAAAAAUCUACGGAUUUAGAUGGCAGUGUUUCUAAUGGCUGUCUGGGAGGAUAUCAGUGUUCACCUUAUCCAGAAAUUGAUAACUUCGUUCUCUUUUUGGUCAAUAAAGAUAAUGUUCAAGGAGGGAUAAGAAAAUGGAACUAUUUUUCUCUUGAGCAACUUCUUGUAUAUGACAUCUCCAAGUAUCGCUGGUGUAUGAAUAUUGGCAGAGCUCACAAAAGUAACAAUAUUAUUACCGUAAUAGAUUUGAAAAGUGAGAAUUGGUAUCAAAAAUGCCAUGACCCUGUUUGCAGAGCAGAAAACUUCAAGUCAGAAUGUUUUCCACUACCAGCUGAGGUAUGCCUCCCAUUUCUUUUCAAAGAGGAUGAAGAAUAUGUUUAUAUAAUGGAUGAAAAUGGAAAUAUUGAAGAAAAAGCAAACACAUACCACAACCUUACAGAAAGAAAAUCUUUAACAGCAACACACGAAAACAGAGAGCCGAACACCAAGAAAAGCUCAAGUAUCACAGGGGACCAUGAAAAUGACACCUGCUUUUUGGAAGCUGCUGAGGAUAUAGAACUAGCUGAAGUUGCUGAAACCUUGGAGUUUCAGCCUUGGAGUACAGAUGAAAUACCUGAUGAUCUCCUAAUAGAGGUUUCAAGAAAACACAAAGGAGAUGAAACAAAAAACUCUACUUAA